UUUGCUGUCGCGCUUCUGUGCCAAACAGUCUCCUACCAUCAGUAAACUAGCACGGACAGUACAAUUGUCCACUGACAUAAGUAAACAUUACUUGCAACCCAAUUUCGCAGCUUAGACUCCAGUGAGCCGCUGUCAGUGAGUUUCAGUGUAGACGACUGAUCAGUGAACAAACUUAAAGUCAAAUACACGAUUAUUUGUCUGUGUCUCAAAGCAGAAUCGGAUUUUAGAUAGAACGCUUAACGCCUCAUACCAAUACGUGUACAAAAAAAGAGGCAUACAAUGGGUUUCUCUACUCAGGAAGUUUCCGAUAUCAAAGAAAGCUGGGAAGUGCCAAAAACUAAUCUGACCGACUCUGGCGCGGCCAUACUAGUGCAUUUUGUCACCAAAUAUCCCCAAAAUUUGGUGCAUUUUCCCUUCAAGGAUGUACCAGUCGCUGAUUUGAAUAAAAACGAACGCUUCCGUUCGCAUGUAACGAAAAUCAUGAAAGUCUUCGACAAUUCCGUCAAAGUACUCGGUGCCAAUGAAGAGCAGAUCGCACAAAUUUGGGAAGACUUAGCCAAGUCACACGUUAAACGUCAGAUACCGGAAAAAUCUUACUUAGAGUUGAGAGAUUCAAUUCUGACAGUUCUAAGUGAAGCGGCGAAAUUGACCGACGCACAAAAGGCGUCUUGGAACAAAUUGUUGGAUCAUGUAUUUGCGAUUUUAUUCAAGAAAAUGUCCGAGUUGGGCGCUUAAGUGAGAGCAUAAGCCACAAAGAUAUUCAACAAAGCACGAGAGAAAGUUUCAGUAAUGCAUUACAGAGUAUAGAAGCUUGUAGCACUAUGUUUAAAUAUGUUAUAAUACUGUGUUUUAAUGAAUAUUUUAUAUAUUUAUUAUUAGUAAA